GCGCUGGGGCGGUGCGCUGCCCCGGUGCCAUGGGAAGGGGCGGAGAUGGCCGCCGGCUGAGGUGCCCGCGGCGGCGGCGCGGAGCCGCCGCGCCCUCCCCGCGCAUCGCCACCGCCGCUGGUCGCGCCGAGGAGGCGAGCGGCGGCGCGGCCGCAGCAGCGAACUUGCGGGGCCCUUCAGGCGGGGACGUGGAGCUGCCGGCGCCGCUCGCCGAGGCCGUGCGCGGCGGUGACAACCAGGUUUCCACCAAUCCGAAAUGCACAAAUGCAACAUCCAGUAUAGGAAGACUGAAUACACGUGGAAGGCGAAAGAGGGCUACUUUAAGUUGCACUGUAAAGUGCGUUCAGAGUUUUUGAGGACUAAACGCACUCGUGCAGGUGACGAGUGAAACUGCAAGCCUAGGUGGGCUUGUAACACCGUCCGGCGGUAGCUUGCGGGCACACGCCAAGUUACAGAAGAUACUGCAAAGUAUUCUUAACUACUCUGCCCUUCUUUCCACUUUUCAGAAGACACCUAUCUCAAAAAUGUUCAUUAAUUCAGGCAAGCUGAUAUGAAGCACUGUGCCCUGUAAUAUUUAUUUUGCUGGUUCUCACCACUGGAGGAUGGCUGCCAUACUCUGUGAAAAUUGUUCUGGUUGGUACCACUAUACACAAGUCAACCAACCUCUUGAAAUCAGCUACAUGUUGCUCCUUAUUAUGCUUGGAAAAGUGUCCCUUGAUCUCUUCAUAUUGCGGGUUAAACAGAAAAAUGUGAAAGUUAGUUUUAUGGGAUAUUUUUGUGUUUCACUAGCACUUUUUGAUUUCAUGCUGCUGGUGAAUAUAGCUUUCAUUUUCUAUUUUGAGGACUUUGCACUUUGGGGUGUAAGGUUUACCAAAUACCAUAUCUGCCUGUUCACUCAGAUAAUUUCUCUGACCUAUGGUAUUUUGCAUUACCCAGUGUAUCUUGUGGCUGUUCUGGAUUAUUAUGUGACUAUAGCCCAAACAUCUCAGCCUCCUAAAAGAGGUCAAAGAUUAUUUUAUGUAUUUGUUGUGGUUUUUAUAUGGAUUUCAGGGUUUUCUUGUAUUCUGAAAGUUCCUGCUAUCUAUGAAGAACUAGAAAUUCAGAAACACUUCUCUCCUUAUCAGUGUCCUUCCUAUGUUAGUGUGCAGAGCUACUCGGUCUCAUUUGCCAUGCUGCUUCUCAUAGGCAUGGCUCUUCUGGCUUGCUGGAAGGAAGCUUUAAUGAUGCUGCUGUCUGUCAGGGUAGUUUCCUUUGCCAGUCAGCCUGUCCUGAUGUUCCCGUAUGCAUCUGACAAUGACAACACUUGCUGUAGGCGGCACCUUCUGACCAGACUUCUCAUCUGUUUUCUUGGCACGUGGGCACCUUUUGUUCUCCUUCAAAUUAUCAUUUUGUCUCUUGGUGCUCAGAUUCCAGCCUACAUGGAGAUGAAUGUCCCCUGGCUAUACUUCAUCAACAGCUUUCUUAUUGCAGUAGCAUACUGGUGUCGAUGUCAUGAUGUCGAAUUAACAGAGGAGAUGUGGUCUACAGAUCCAUUUGUCAGCUGGAAAUUCUGCUUUACGCCAUUUAACAAUGAAAAUACAGAGCCAGCUGAAAAGUCAGGCACAGUAAUUGUAAUCUGUUAACGAGCUGCUGACUGAAAAGACUGCAAAUAAGUGCUUGUACAACAGAAGUGCGUUUAGUGCUCUGACAUUCCAUGUCCUUCUGGAUAAUACAAAGAAACACUCUAGAGCUACUAUCUCUGGAAAGAAGUGUAACAUUCACCAGUAGUGCAUUGAAUAUCCUACCAUAAUGCAGGACGCUGCAGACUGCCACACUAGUUUUUGAACUGGCAGGUGCUUGCUGCAUGCUCAAGAAUUAAAGUCUGGAUUUAAGAAAAGACCCUACUUAAACAAGUUUUGAGUUGAACUUUGUUUCUUAUUAGACUCUGGCACUUGUUUUAAACAGAAUAAUCUCAGGUUUUAUAGUAUAAAACGCAAUAAAGUUUUCUAAACUGGCAACCUUAUCAGUUAUAUUUAAGCGUUACCUAGAGGCUCAAACAAGUUCUGUGACUUCUGAAGUGUACUUUCUUGUUAAAGCAUGACUUUUCUCAGUUUGAUUUAAAUUAAGUUUUCUUGUCUGUUUUAAGGGGGAUAACUUGUUUUAGUUAAUGUAAAACUACAACUCCUAAAAAAAUAAAUGCAAGCUUUGUUUACGUAUUACCAAAAAUACUGUAAGAUGUGUAGGUGUUGCAACUAAAGGAAAGAUGGUGAUGUUUCAUUAUGUCUUUGCUACUGCUACUCUGUAUAAUGUAUAUGUGUGUAUUAAAGAUUAAAUACAUUACUGUCUGAGAA